GGGAAUUGGGGGGGGUUAGGGGUGGAUGCCAAGGCCAAAAUGAGUAGUCUGCAAACAGUUCCCUGUGAUCAAUAUGUGGAAGCAAAGUUAAAAGUUGCCUUCAAUAAAACUUCAUAGGGGAGAACAGUCUGAAAGUGGUUCAAGAGAACUUUCCUAAACAUGAAACUGCAGCUGAUUCUUCUCUUACUCCAGCUUUUGGAAAAUGUGCCGCUUUCUUUAUCGAUCAAAGCCUGUUCGGAACUUCCAAAUGUUCCUUUUGCUCGUGUAUCUGAAGUAGACAGGAAAGCAGAGUACCAGGAAGGCGAUGUGAUCCAUUUCAACUGUGAAGAAGGUUAUACAUCAGAUCACACAUCAACGUUUGUAUGCACAAGUGACGGAUGGAUAUCAACACGUCUGGGGACAUGUUUCUCAUGUUCAGAGCUCCCAGACAUUCCUCACGCUUCUGUAUCAGAAGACACUAGAAAAGAUGUGUACCAACAAGGAGACAUGCUGCGCUUCACGUGUGACCCAGGUUUUAGAUCAGACCUGCCCAUCACAUAUGUAUGUGGCAGUGAGGGCUGGGUGUCCAUCCGCAAGGGAUCUUGCUACUCUACUACUAUCAGAUGCGAGCAGCCUCCUUCACACGGCGGACUAAGAAUCAAGGGUUUACCACGAAAUAACGGUCCCAUACCUCCAGACCAUGUCCUCACCUUCAGCUGCGACAGUCCUGACAAAGUGCUUAUUGGCAGUUCAGUGCUAAUAUGUGGAAGAGAAGGACAGUGGAAUAACCCGAUCCCCACAUGCACAGAGGUUACAUGCAAUGACCGAAGAGACAGAUAUUUGUAUUUUUUUUACGCUCCAUGGGGACGAAGACAAGUCGGCAACCUUGCAAACUAUAAAUGUAUUCAAGGCUACAAUAAACCAGCUGGUGUCACUCAUGCCACAUGCACUAAAGAUGGAUGGAUGCCUGAACUGCUCUGUGAAGGAACAAAAUGCUUGACACCCGACCUCGACGGAAACGCACAAGUUACCACAGAACAGAAGACUUCUUACAACAUUGGUGAUCGGGUCACUUAUACAUGCAAAAAUGAUAAUAGAAGAUCUGUUACCAUCACUUGUGAUCGAGGUUCAUGGACUGGGAUUCAAAGCUGUAAUGUGGCAUCAUGUACCAUUCCUCAGAUUGAUCACGGCCGUGUUACUGAUGGUCCUAAAGUGUACAGAGAAGACGAUAUCCUGAAUUACGUUUGUGACAACAAAUACAAACCUGCUGAUGACAGACCUACAAGGUGUUUAAAAGUUGGAGCAGAAGUCGUGUGGAGCCCCAUACCACAAUGUACACAAUUAACCUGUAAAGUGGAUCAGCCUCCAGUUGGAACUACAUACGACCAGAGUAGAAAAAAUGUUUUCUUACCGGGGGACAGAUUAACAGUCACAUGUGAUAGGGAUCACUGGAUUUUAGAUGCAAUAACUACCAGAAUGGUUGUAACAUGCAAUGAUGAUGGAAGAUGGGAUGUCAGACCAGUUUGUCAAGAGGUCACAUGUGACGAUCGACGGGACGGGUAUUUGACCUCCUUUUACACUUCACGGGGGCAAAGAAAACUAGGUGACCGUGCAACCUAUGGCUGUACUCAAGGCUACAAAAAACCCACUGGUAUCACACACGCAAUAUGCACCAGAGAGGGGUGGAUGCCUGAGGAACUUUGUGAAGCGGGAGAACUAGUAUGUCCAGCUCCACCGACCAUUGAAGAUGCAGAUUUCAUUAAAAGUAAAACAGAGUACCGAAAUGGAGAAAGUGUUCAAUAUUUUUGUCCACGGUUCUAUGUAAUGGAGGGGGGUCCAUAUCAAACGUGCAAGAAUGGUAAAUGGACGGGACAUCUAAGAUGCAUCAAACCCUGCUCUGUGUCUCGAGAGGAUUUGAGCCAGAAUAAUAUUUUAUUUGCAAGAGAUUCAUAUAAGCCCUUUAUAGAGCAUGGUAGUUACGUUACCUUCACGUGUAAAGGAGGAAAACUACCUGACGGCCUUUUGGAAAUGCAUCAACAGUGUGUUGAGGGUCUGAUAGAUUUACCUUCCUGUGUUUGAAAAUUUCCAUUAUGUAAAAUAUUACUGAAAGGAAAAUGUGUGUAUCGUAUCUUCUGUCCUAUAAGUAGCUCCAGAAUAAAAGUUGCAGAAAAUACUA